AUGGCAACAGAACAAACUCAGAGACUGGUCACUGUAACCCCAAAGGCGGCAGAAAAGAUCAGGGAGUUUAUGGCAGAAGAAGCCGAAAAACCGCAGUAUCUGCGGGUCUAUGUUCAGGGCGGCGGUUGUUCCGGUCUCUCCUACGGGAUGGGAUUUGAGAAGCAGCCAGACGAGGACGACAUGGUCAUUGAGCAAGAAGGCAUCAAACUGCUGGUGGACAGCUACAGCAAGGACUCACUUGGGGGCGCAAACGUCGACUACAUUGAGAGCCUGAUGGGCUCCGGAUUCAAGAUAAACAACCCGAACGUGACAAAGUCAUGCUCGUGCGGCCACUCGUUUAGUACCGAAUAGUCCAACCUCAUCUCUCUACUUUUUAAUUCCAGUUUUUUAAUAGCCA